AGAAAACUGCAAAAUAUUUCAUGAUCUAUAAUAUUUUGUAGUUGCACAAGGAUUAUUGCUAAUGGAGCUUACGUGCUCACCUAGAGAAUUGACACAUUGUAAAAUUCGAAGAAUUCAAGACGAAUAGAUGGAACACCAACAAGCAUUACAAAGAAUUGUGAGUGAAAAACUUGUGUACUUGGUAACACCAUUAAAGAUUGAGAUCUUAAUCCCUUUUAAUCUAUUUUUGAACAAUGAAGGGAAAAUUCAAAAGAUUUGAAAAAUUGAUACAACCAAUUAUUACUACACAUGAUAACAUAAGUUAAAUACCUCCUAACUUGAUCAUAGUUGCUAGAUCUAUGACACGUGGUAAGUCCAGUCUUAUUAAGCUCGAUCAACUCUAAAUGUAAAUGGAUCGAAUACAAAAUCAAUCUAUCGACAUGAUACACAUCCCAUCAAGUUAAUUCUCACCUUCAGAAAUAUGUUUUUUUGGUUGCAUAAACAUGCAAAUAAUCAUAGCAUGCUUUUUCUCCGACUAGUGAACAAUUUUAUUUAGGUAAAAAAAACUUAAUUCCACAAAGUUUUCAUAAGUAUAAAUUUUCAAAAUAAUAAAACAAAAAUUAUUGACUUUUGAUUUCGAAGCAACUGCAUAAAAAAAGACAUAUUGCUUAUAUGGAUAGUGAUAUAAAUUUUGAGUUGUGCUUGUAAAGUCUUCUGUUAUGUCUUAUCAAACACGUUCAUCUUCCUCCCCUUCUUUGCAAUGGCAACCCUAUUGUAAGCCACUUCGGUGUACUGGCUAGUCUGUCUGAGAAGAGAGGUCGAUAGAUUCCUCUACUUCUCACUCGUAACCUAGACGGUCAUCUCAACAUCGAACUCAUUCAUGGUUUGUUUCAGUGCCCUCGUCCCAAACUUCAUCAUGGGGACAUCGGUGAUCUCAGGGCUCAUGGUUUCCUUCUUCCUCUUCUCUAGCUACUUUAUAGCCAAAGAUGACAUCCCUGUGUAUUGGAAGUUCAUGCAUUACUUGAGCUUGUUCAAGUACCCAUUUGAGUGUUUCUUGAUCAAUGAGUAUGGAGGGGAACAAGGAAAGGGCAAAAUUGUCAAUUGGAUGGGAGUGGGUUGUUGACUGUUGAUUAAGGGUGUACAUGGGUCGGGUGGUUCGGGUUUAACCAUUUUAAUCACCCGACCCAUGCACUACGGUUUGGAAAUUAUCAAACCCAAACCCACCCAAAAAAAUUAAAACCCUACGGUUUGUUUCUAAUUGGGUUGGGUCGGGUUGGCGAUAUUUUUAAGUAAAAACCCAACCCAACAUAAAAAUAUAUAAUUAUUAUACACCAUAAAAAUAUUUUAUAACUAAUUAAAAUUUCAAACGAAUAAACCGAGGUGAAAGCUAUCAAAAUUCAAAAAUGUUGUUUGAAUUUUAAUAAAAUGUGAUUUACUUCAACAUAUGUCUAGUUUUUUUCACGAUAUUUGUUGAAAUAGGCUAAAAAGGUUAUAAACAAACGCAUCCAUAAUAUGUUAUUCUAUUAAAAUUGUACACAAGAAAAAGGAUUACGUGAAUCAUAACUAUACUCAAUUUAUGUCUAAACUUUAAGUCGAAGAAUGCAUUAGAUUAGGGAGACCAUGAUAGAAAAACAUGGCGAAAUAUCUUAAUUUUCUCAUAAGUAUUGCUAUAUACGACACAAAUAUUUUUUAGAUACGAACUCAUACUAAUAGUUGGAACACGUGUUGGGUCGGGUUCUACGGGUUGUGUAAUCCAAAAUCCAAACCCAACCCAAAAGAGGCGGGUUGUACAAAAGAAAACCUUCACCCAACCCAAAACCUUCGUUUUAGCGAUAAAUACGGGUGGGUUGGGUCGGGUUGGACGGGUGGGUCGGUUUGCGGGUGUGUUUGUUCACCCCUACUGUUGAUGCAGCAAGGACUUGUGGCCUCCCGAAAAUGGACCAAUUUUUUUUUUUUUUUUGGGUGAUGUUGGGCUUUAUGGUUGUUUACAGGCUGCUUUGCUAUUUCAUUUUAAAGUGUAGGUCUUCUAGAUAUUUAAUGCAAUUCUUUUGAAUAUACACACAUUUAUACUUCUUUUCACUAUUCAUAUAUUGAUCGAGCUUAAUUAUAAGGGUGCAACAUGUUUGAACUAUAAAUCAAAGUGUUGUGAACCCUAUUACAAAAAUUGAUGAUUUUUUAAUGAAAAUUUGCAAACACAAAUAUGUCUAACUUCUUGCAAAAAAUAAUCAAAUUAAUGGGAUUAAAAGAUGAAAUGCUCACUUAACUUUUUAGUGAAAAUGACAAGAUAUUCACUAAAUUAUAAAAGGAAACAAAGUAAUUACUAAAGUCCAAACUUAUUCUCAAAACAAGUACAUAAAUACGACCGACUCACUAUUGGACUAUAAUACUAUAUGUUAUCCGGAUAAAAGGAACAAUUCUUGUGUUUGUAUCUAGUACUUGUCCACUUUUUACAUGGAAAUAAUAUACUAGUGCUAGGAUCAUACUUUUAAGUCACUUUGGCUAAGGGACCAACUCUUGCUUCAUAUAUCAUGUUUCAUCUUUCGAUAUACCUCGUAACGACUUCCUCAAGGAUGACCCCUACUCGAUUAUCCCGGGUAUCUGCCUGACUAACUUUAUCAAUGAUCACUUUAGCAUCCCCUUCCAAACUUGUCUCUGCAAACCCAUUCUCCAAACAUCAGAGGAUAGCCUCCCGGAGAACGAGGAGCUCAACUACCAUAGGGUCGUCAAUAUCAGCAAACUGCACCCCUUUUGCCAGAAGGAUCAUUCUGUCUUGGUUCUCAAUAAUCAUCCCCCCACACUUAGUAGCCCCAUCGCACGUGCAGGGGCGGAGACAACUUAUUAGGAGGGGGUGCCAAUGGGAGAACAAAGUUAAAAUAGUAUAUUGAAAUGUUUAUAAUAAAACCUUGUACAUGGAAAUUGGAACCACAUUUUUAUUGUCACAAUAUUACUAGGUGAACUUAUUGUGGUAGUAUUUAACUAUGUUUCCCUGUUCAAUUCCAUUCAAAAAAUUUCAUCUCCAAUA